CCGAACUGGAAUCUUGGCGAUAACUUCGUCAUUCUUUUGUUAUCAAUCUUCAUACUGGACAGUAUUCACUACCUACCACCCAUCGCCACACCAGACGACAUACUGCUCAGACUAAACACGCCACUUUAGUCUCAGGCACCCUCUGCCGCUUCUGUGCUUGAGCCACAUUCAAUCGAGGGAUAAACCGGGGUUCUCAUUCGUCCUCGCGGCGACAUAAGCGAGCAUGCGCUCGCAGCAUCACUGCUUCGUCAAUGUCCCAAUACCCCGCCAUAUUCCUCACCAAGCUGUCCUCGACUACAUACAGACAUACGAGCCUGUGCUACGCCACAAUCCUGGCAUGAGAUCAUGGGAAAAGUCAGACCUAGACUAUGCGCUCGUCGCCAAUGAUCGAUUCUUCGAUUCAUCAGACCCAGGGCAAAGUCUACGUUGUUAUCAGGCUUACGAGGUGAUGAGACUUGGACCGGGAGUUCAGAGGGAUCUAAAAUGGCCGAUUAUCUUCCAGAGAGUGCCGAAUGGAAUCGUAUCGAGGGCAGAUGCGCCUGCGGGAGUGAUCAGCUGGACACAGUGGUACGUCAGGCCAAAGCCCAGUGAGGCUACGUCCGAUUCUGUGAGUACGCCGAGUACGGCGACGCCAUCGAGUUCGGGGGAUGACACCUGGGAGGUAUAUGGAAUUGUUACAAUUGAGGCGCAUAGGAUGUUGAUGCCAUGGGUUGCUACGAAAUCGGAGAGCUAUCAGGUUGCAAUUGGGCAAGGGAUGGUGGACGAUGCAUGUUCAAAGUUUAGUUCUGGAGAAAUUUCGUGACAAUACGAGAUGCAUUAACUACACAAAUCACGUAUCUCGAUAUCUUGCGCAUGCUCACGCC